AUGAAGUCGUCUACCACACCAAUAGUAGCAGCGGCUGCAGGCAAAGUAUACAAAGUAGGGAAUCGUAUAGGACGUGGAAUACCCACUAUAAAUGAAGUAUAUACAAAUAAAUGUUCCUGUCGGCGAGAGAAAACAUUCGUCUUUUGUCGAUCAUGUGGCUAUAACUGCCAUGGUCGCAUUCGAUUGAAAUGCGAAACUCAUCCUCGGGUGACGUUUCUGCUGGACAUAUCUGAAUGCCCACGCUGCCAUUCCUCAGUUUUCCUGGACGAAUAUUCCGGUGACAUG